CUAUCGUGUUCAAUCAACACAAAUUGUCUACAACAGAAAGUCCAUUGACCAUGACUGCAGAUGUGGAAGCUCGCGUCUCUCCGGAAUGGUCAGAAAUAUUGAAAGAAGCCCGCGAGUCGCUCCGAAGCGCGCGUGAAGAUCCCCUAAUCGAAAGGCACUUGAGCUUAUCUCUGAGGCAUGUCGAUAAAUUGGUAUCUUCAAUUCGUGCCUACGUUUUUUAUUUGAAGCAAACUCGUAAUGAAAACCGAGCUUCAGUGAGUGAUGUGAAGAAAUUGAUCCUCUCUACCCGAAAUGCCUUGCGUUUUGCAUUGUGCUGCUUCGCUGUGGACCACGAUGAUCGAUAUCAACUACAAACCGUCAUCUCUACGACAGAAGUUUCCGUAUCCUUGGUCAAGGUGAUUUCCUCUAAACGCGGAGACUCCAAAUGCCGUACGCUUGCGGCUCGAUUUCUUAGUAAUCUGGUGACGUCUAACGCGACGACUGCUUCCCGACUCGUCUCGAUGCUUCCCCUGAGUCCAUCAGAAGACGACAUAGAUGCUCACAUUCGCUCGACCGUAUCUGAUACACACUAUGCAACGAAUCAGCUAGCGCUAACUGCAUCAUGGGUCAGCUUACUGCUUAGCAGUGCCGGAGAUCGCGAGACGCUAGCGGCCGUGGUCACGUCACUCCACAAUUGUAUAACAUCCCUCGCUUCUGGUUCGAUGGCAUCGUUCAGCCGCGACGUGUCUUCGGAUAGACUACUCAUCAGUACCCUGUUACGACAACUUCUUUCUAUGCAAGCUUUAAAGGGUUCGAUGGGACAAAGUGGUACAUCGGUUUCUCAGGAUGAUCCGGCAACAGAGUGGAUCUUGAUUCUCUUGAUGAAAUUGUGUCGGAUGGGUCGAUUUCCGGAAAUGUACCGAGCCGCUGGUCCUGGCAAAGACAUUGUACCAGAACAAAUUGUGUUAUUACACGCGAUACGAAGCGAACAGAAUGGCGACAACAUACUAGGAUGUGAAUCUGGAUCAAAAGCGAUGUUAUCAUCCCAUAUGUUCUUAGCCAACUUGUACGUGAGUAUUCAACAAGUCGGGGAGAGAGACAGCAAUGAUACGAUGCAACACGCACUUGUCGAGUCCGUAAUACUUUCAGUUGUAGAUAUUUUGGGAGAAGGGCUUGGUACUGAUACUGUCGAACUCGCGUCUGUUCGAGCUUGUCUUGGAACCGAAACAGAGCUUGUCCAUUCGCUUGCAAUUAACCUUGGGGUGAUAACUGAUACAAUUUCCGUCAAGAAUCAGGAACGAAAAGUGCGUGAACUAGACAUGUCGGUUGAAGAACAGCAUCUGAUUACCAGUUUAGUGCGCCUUAUCGGCAAUUUGUGCUAUCAAUGUCGAGACGUUCAGGAUCUGUUGCGCACUACGCUGGUACCGCCAAUAGAUCCUGUGAUCACAAAAACGGAACGUAGUGCUCUUCAUGUGUUAUUGUCGUGCACAUCGCUAGCACAUUCUUGUUUCACGCUACGCGAGUGGGCCGUGGUUGCCAUUCGCAACGCUCUGCACCAAAAUGAUCUCAAUAUGGCUGUGGUGGCCAACCUUGAGGCCCAGCAAGCCCUCCAGACUUCCACUUUAGGAGAACUUGGAAUUCGC